AUGGCGAUUUCUUCUCUGAAACUGAAAUCUCUUGCUCGUGCGGUCUCAUCAUCAACCUCUGCUUCUUCUGCUUCGUUUUCCAAGUCGAAAUCGGUCCUUCCGCAAGACUUUUGGCGAUCCUAUGCCAAAUCUUCUUUUACUUCUGCUGCUGCAGCAAAUAGUGACGACGACGUCGCCGACGUGGUUCCUACUUCUGGAAUCAGUAGGGCCCUCUCUGAAAUACUUAAGGAGCUAAACAAGAAAGUCCCUGAUUCAUUAAUCAAAACUCGCGUUGAGAAAGAUGGGUUCCCUGUUAAAUACAUCCCCUGGCAUGUGGUGAACCGUAUUAUGAACUUACAUGCUACUGAGUGGUCUGGUGAGGUUCGAAACAUCAGCUACAGUGCUGAUGGCAAGACUGUCUCUGUUGUUUAUCGCGUGACUCUCUAUGGGACUGAUGCUGAGAUUUAUAGAGAGUCAACUGGCACUGCUGCUAUAGAUGACACAAACUUUGGAGAUCCUGUACAGAAAGCAGAAGCCAUGGCUUUUCGUCGAGCUUGCGCACGCUUUGGGCUAGGGCUUUACCUUUAUCAUGAAGAUGCAUCAUAGACGAUUGGUUCUGCUAUUCAAGUUCAAAUGGCUUGUGACUGCCAUUGUUUCUUCUUUUGUUUGCAGAGCUGGUCUAUUAAUAGGAAGAUCAUAUACAUAGGGAUAAUACCAAUAGGAAGCCAUUUUGUUUAUUGUCACUUUCAAAUUUCACUGGGCCUCCACAGGCUUCUGUUGUAGCACUCUAGCGUGUAAGAUUUUCCAGGUCAUAUAUCUUUUGGACUCUUUCCAUUAAUCUGCCUUGCUUACUUGCAGAUUGAGGGAAAUUGUAUUGUUGUUCCUCGUUAAUGAAGGUAUAUUACUAAAAUCAUCAUUUAUUUCUGUUUUAGUA